AUGCAGAAGGAACUGGGCCCUGACUGGGAGACACCACGCAAGCCUGAUCUUGGAGAAGCCUCUCUUCAGAGCCAAGUGAAUAAAGGCAGCUUUUCAGAGACGGAGGUGACUCAAGAGAAGGAGAAGGAGAUGGAAGAGCAGGACCCAGAAGGACCUGGAGCUGGCAAGAGAGCAAGGAAGAGUCCCCAUUCCAGCCCACCUGGAAGUGGUGCUGAAUUCUGGGAAAGAGCUGUGCCAGAGGCCCUGGCUAAAGACACCACGACCUCAGAUGUACACUGCCAACACUUCCGGCAGUUCUGCUACCAUGAGGUUGAUGGGCCCCGAGAGGUUUGCAGCCAGCUCCAUGGACUUUGCAGCCAGUGGCUGAAGCCGGAGAGGCACACCAAGAAGCAGAUCAUGGACCUGGUGAUCCUGGAGCAGUUCCUGACUCUCCUGCCCCAGGAAAUGCAGGGCUGGGUCAGAGGAUGUGGGCCGGAGACCAGUUCCCAGGCGGUGGCCCUGGCAGAAGGUUUCCUCCUGAGCCAGGCAGAGGAGAACAAGUUUGGCCACCUUUGA